AAAAUUAUAUAAAGAAUUUACACUUUCUUGUCCCUAUUUUGUUAUAUUUUUGAUAUUUCUCAAGCUAAUUCACAGCCGACCAUAAAAAGCUUACACACAAAUGAUGGCGUUUGACCCGACGAUAUGCGGGGAGGUGCCGUCGUCGCAGAAUACGGUGCUGACGGCGCUGCUGUGCGUGGGGACGUUUCUGUCGUACCUGCCGCAGCACAUCAAGAUCCUGCAGCGGCGGUCGAGCGACGGGCUCAGCCCAUACUUCAUUCUGCUGGGAACAGUGGGUGCAGGUCAAACAUUACCAACAUCAUCCUGCUGCAGUUUAUCGUGCUGCAGUGCUGCACAGUGCAGACGGCGGGGCAGUGCGUGGCCAGCCUGCUGGGCAUUGCGCAGGUGUGCAUCCAGGGCCUGAUGUUCUACGUGACGUUCGUGCUGUUUAUGUGGUUCUUCCCGGCGCAGAGCAAGUACGAGGCAGUUGGCGAGGGCGAGGGGGCCGAGAGCCAGGCGCUGCUGCGACAGGCUGCCAGCAAGCGGCCAAAGUCAGUUGAGUGGCGGACGGCGCUGUGGGUGGCGGCGGCGGUGACCGCGCACGCGGCAGUGUGCCUGGCAAUGAGUGGGCUGCUGGUGGUGGCUGUGGGGCCGUACGCUGGGCCGACGCGCACGUGGGCCAGCCUGCUAGGGCUGUUCAGCCUGUGCCUGACGUGCCUGCAGUUCUUCCCGCAGAUCAUCAAGACGUGGCGCGCGCAGGCUGUCGGCGCGCUGAGCAUCCCGAUGAUGAUGAUGCAGACGCCAGGCGGCUUUGUGUUUGCGUACUCUAUUGCCAUCCGCCCGGGCGUCAACUGGUCGAGCUGGAUCUCGACGUUCGUCGCUGCCGUGCUGCAGGGUGUGCUGCUGGCCAUUUGCCUAAUGUUCGAGCGCAAGGAGGCUGCGCAGGCGAGGGCUGCAGCGGAAUUGGGACCAGCGCCAGCGCCAGAAUCAGCAUCAGCAUCAACGCCAGCACCAGCAUCAGCAUCAGCAUCAGCGCCAGUAUCAGAACCAGCGCCAGCGCCAGCGUCAGAGGCAUCGCCACUGCUUCUGUCGACAGCGACGACGGCGUAGCGCUUCGCGCAGACUGGCUUUUGCAGCAUUCUCCUUUAUCAGUAUCACGUGCGGGCAUUCUCAGCUCUCAGUUCCCAUUGGCCAUUUGUGCAGGAUGCAUUUUUGUCGCAUUUCUGUGCACUUUCGCGCAUUUUUCGAGUUUCGACGGACGAAAGCGAAAGUCGUUUCGC